GCACAUCCAUCACAUACAUGCACUUGUGCCACAUGCUUAGGUCACGACAUCCGGUGAUUCGUAGCAUUGUGUCCUCUUGUGUGAUGAGGCUUCUGUUUGCCCUGUGGGAAACCAGGACCGGGAUGGAGUGCCGAGCUGCGCAGCAGCCACCUUGCUCGGUCAAGAAGACCCGGACGAGUGUCAACUCGUCGGGCCAAGUUAUGGGAGAAGAAGAUAGGUAUACCGACGACGACCUGCUCCUCUCGGAAUUCCGAGUGACGACAGCUCUUGUUAACACACUUUACGACGCCCUUGCUGCCUACGAGCACACCGUGCGGCAUAACUCAGCCCUUUGCAUAACAAUGCUUGUGGUCGGGAGUCCUCGUCUGCCCCUCCUAGCACAGGAAAUGGCACUCAGCCAUCCGUGGAACAAGUUCAUUCUCAAAGAGAUGGUGUCGGUCUUCCGCCUUGACGGCAGCUUUUCGACGUCUGGACCUCACGCCGGAGGAGAAUCUGAACACGUGUCGUCUGGUUUUCUGUCCGAGUCACUCUUUGGAGACACAGAUGAAACGCCGGCAUCCAUCAAGUUUGAAAUGGGUGUGAACAUGGCGAUCAUUGCAUCCGUCCUUCUUCCGCAUUCUUCCUCCAAGGUGCCAUGGAUUGUUCAGCUGCUUGAUGCGCAGUGCCUUGCGGGAAUGGUCCGAUUCUUACAUCAUCAAUUGGUCAGUUACGGCAGCCAAUGGGCCCAUGGACCAGAGUGCGACAGUGGCGCACACUGCAACCAUGGAGGAGCAGAGCUGAUGCUUAUCAAUGGAGUCCUGGCACUGCUGAGGGAGCUGUUCAUUGCUGGCCAUAUGGAUGCAUCGCUCGUCAUCAAGCUGCAUGACAUGUUGCAGGCCAGAGUAGUUGAACUGGCACGGCAGGAGGCUGCUGAGCUAGAGGCUGCAACGGAUCACUCCAGAAGGGAGUAUCUGUUGCAGCAGCAAGAGAGGUCACUUACUGAUGAUCGUUGUGCCCAAAUCACCAAGCAUAUGGCUAAGAUGAUCCUGCUGGAGCACAAGAUCACCAGCUCCCAGUUCACAAACUGGGAUGACCGUUUUGUGCGGCUGGAGCGUCGGGUUGACGAGCUGUCAGCUCAGCAGUCCAAGAUCCUGGAUGCUAUCCAGGGCUUGCCUGCUCAGCUGGCAGCCGCCAAGCUGAUUACUCCUCAGCUCCCUCUGUUGCAACCCAAAUCCUCUCCUCCUCCUUCACAACCUCCUUCCUCUCCUCCAUCCCAUGCAGGAUCUGCACAUUCCUCCCGGUCAUCUACCCCUUCCCAAAAGGCCUCAGUAAAGACCACCUAUGCUGCUGUGAUUGCAGCAGACAGAGGUCCCAAGAUCCCUGCUCCCAACAAGUUCAGGGGCGAUGACCCCAAGACUGAUGUUGGGGACUGGGCUGCUGGGACCAGAGCCUACUUGAGUAGCUUUGUCUGUGCAGAACAGACCAAGGUGGCAACUGUUUUGGGGCUGCUGGAAGGGCCUGCACUGAAGUGGGCCACCUCAACUUCCAGCAGUCUGCAGCAGUCCAUGGAGGACUGGGCCUUUGGAUUGGGGGUAGACAGACUUCUGCAGGCCCUGGAGGACCGGUUUGCAGACAAGGAGCGGGCCCGCAAGGCUGAUGACAGGAUUGCUCGCCUGGGACAGCAGCGGUAUAGCGGUACCCUACAGGCCUUGUUUGCUGAGUUCGAGCAGCUCACCUCCACCCCUGGGUUGGUCAUGGCACCUGAUGAUAUGUUGACCAGCUUUUGCAGGGCAGCGCCUGAGAAGUUCGUUGUUGCACUYUACAGCGCUGGGUACAAGGACUGGAGGUCCUUUGGUCGUGCAGCCCUGGAAAUGGAGGCCAAGCUCCAUGUCCAGGCCCCAACCUCUGACAGGAGGAAAGGUGCCUGCCCUAGAGGCAACAGAAGGGGAAAGGCAGCCUUUACUCACGCUGGGUCUGCCUCAGGAUCAGAUACCGAUUCCCAGCCUGAUGUGCCUUCAGGUGGGACUGGAUCUGCUGUUGAGACAGACGUUGCAGCAGUGGUAACUCAGGCUGUGUUGGGAGCUCUGCAGGCGCAGAAAAACAUCAGGGAGAAGGUCAAGGGCAUCCCUGUGACCUUCGAUACUGCAGGAAAGGUCAAACACAGUCUGAACUUUUACAUUUUCCCUGAGCUGCCCUUUGAUUUGGUGUUCUCCAUGCAGUGGCUGAGGGCAGUCAACCCUAGGAUCGACUGGCAGAUUCCUAGAGUUGAACUACCAGACAGCCAGGGGGUGUAUCAGCAAUGCAUGAUUGUUGUUGAUCACCACCCUAAGACUUCCUGCUACUGCCUGAGAGCGAGGGAGUUCCAUGCUCUCUCUCGCCAGUACCACCAUGAGCGUCUGUUUAUUGCUAUGGUCAAGCAAACAGAUGCUCCCCUUGUUUCCUGUCCUCCUGAGAUACAGCAGGUGGUAGAUCAGUAUGCUGAUCUGAUGCAGGAGCCCUUUGGACUUCCCAACCGGCCAACCAAGCAUCACAUCGAGCUGCUGUCUGGAGCGGUCCCUCCCAAGGGCCGCAUCUACAGGAUGUCCCCUGCUGAGCUUGAGGAGCUCAGAAAGCAGCUUGAGACCCUGACCAGCAAAGGCUGGAUCAGACCCAGCACAUCUGAAUUCGGUGCACCUGUUCUCUUUGUACCCAAAGGGAACGACGAGUUCAGGAUGUGCAUUGACUACAGGGGUCUCAACAAGAUCACUAGGAAGAGUACUGAGCCACUUCCUAGGAUCAAAGACCUCCUGGACAUGGUGCAGGGCUGCAAAGUGUUCAACAAAGUCGACCUCAAAUCUGGCUACCACCAGAUUGAGAUGGCUGAGGAGGAUGUCUACAAGACAGCCUUCAAGACCAGGUAUGGGACUUAUGAGUUCCUGGUCAUGCCAUUUGGACUUUGCAAUGCCCCCGACACUUUCCAGACAGAGAUGCACCGCAUCUUCAGGCCUUACCUGGACAAGUUUAUGGUUGUCUACCUGGAUGAUAUCCUGAUAUUCAACAAAACUGCCAGGGAACAUGCGGAGCACUUGGCUCUUGUCCUUCAGUCGUUACGUGACAGCCAGUACAAGAUCAACAGAGAUAAAUCCUAUUUUGGAGUUCCCUCUAUCAUCUACCUGGGUCAUGUAAUCUAUGGAGAUGGCCUGGCUCCUGAAGCAGCCAAGAUUGUUGUUAUUCAGGAGUGGCCUCAACCUCAGACAGUGAGGGAUGUCCGAUCUUUCAUGGGUUUGGCCUCUUACUACAGAAAGUUUGUCAGGAACUUUUCUGCAGUGGUUGCACCCCUGACUAACCUAACAAAGAAGGACACUCCCUUUCUUUGGUCCCUCCACAGUCAGUUGGCCUUCACACGACUCAAGAAGGCCUUGACUCGUGCGCCUGUACUGAAGUUACCUAACCCCACUCUGCCAUUUAUCCUGACCACAGACGCCAGUCAGUAUGGCAUUGGGGCAGUUCUUCAGCAGGAUGAUGGGAAUGGUCUACGGCCUGUAGAGUUUAUGAGUAAGAAGAUCAAGACCCAAAAGCUCCAGGACUCCACCUACGAGAAAGAGCUUUAUGCUCUUGUCUGUGCCCUGAAACAUUGGAAGCACUUCCUCCUGGGCAGGCACUUCAAGAUCUUUUCAGAUCACUCCACUCUACAUUGGAUGAAGUCCCCGGGAGAGUUGAACGAUAAGCUGGCACGGUACAUUCAGUUCAUCGACAUGUUCGACUUUGAACUGAAACAUAAGAAGGGCUGCUACAACAAGGUAGCAGAUGCCCUCUCUCGUAGGCGUGACUCUUUUGCUCUGAUCUCCUCUACUCACUCCUUUGGAGAGGAGACCCGUCAGACCAUUGCUCGUCCACUGCCUCAGGACGAGACUUUUGGACCCAUUGUCAGGAAUCUGCAAACAGAUCCUAACUCUGAACCGGGCUAUGCCCUGAGUUCAAACCUGCUGUAUACCUGCAGCAAAGGUGAGGAGCGCUUGUGCAUUCCUCAGGACCAGCGGCUCAGGACACUGCUGAUGUCAGAGUGUCAUGAUGCCCGUGGACAUUUUGGGUUCCUAAAGUCUUAUGCAGCCCUGUCGCGACGCUUCUUCUGGAAGGAGAUGCGGAGUGAGAUGCUGCGUUAUGUGGAUGCCUGUGAGCUCUGCCAAAGGAACAAGGUUCAGCGUAAACCUCCUUUGGGACUGCUCAAACCAUUACCCAUACCUGAUGGCCCUGCUGAAUCUGUGUCGAUAGACUUCACAGAUUUAGGCAAGACCACCCCCCGUGGCAUGCGUCAGGUUAUGGUCUGCGUGGACAGGUUCUCCAAAUACGUAGAGUUCAUCCUCUUGCCGGAGGUAGCUAGGGUACCGGCUGUGAGAGCAGCCUUCUCUGAGAGGUGGGUCACACACCAUGGACCGCCCACUUCUAUUGUCAGUGAUCGAGACCCCAGGUUCUGCACUGAUGAGUGGCAGUCCUACUGUAAGGACUAUCUGCACUCACGACUGGACAUGACUUAUGGUCACCAUCCUGAAGCCAAUGGUUUGGCUAAAGUGAUGAACCAAGUCUUAUUCCAGUUGCUGCGUCUUGUCAUCUCUCCAGAUCAGCAGGACUGGGAUCUUCACUUAGCGAGGGCACAGCUCAUGUAUAACAUGUGUGUCCACUCCUCAGGGUUCAGUCCCUACCGGUUACACUGGGGACGUAAACCACGACAGCCUCUCGAUGAUAUCAUCGAUAAGGCUAAGUCUGAUAUGACACUAGGCACAACAGAGUUCACCAGACGCUAUCGUCUAGAUGUGGAAAGAGCCUGCGCGAACUUGUUCAAAGCCCAAAAGGCUAUGAUUGAACAAGCCAAUCGCCACAGGUGGCCUUCCCCCAUCCGCACUGGUGACCAUGUGUGGGUGGCCAGCUCUGAGAUGUCGAGGGAGGAGAGGAUAUCUCUCCCAAGCUGUUGCCACGUUACCUGGGUCCAUGGCAGGUCCUAGAUACAGUGGGCGUCGAUCCUUUCGGUCCGUCGUAUGCCAUCGACGUCC